AAAAAAAAUCUUUUUUUUUUUUUGGGACCAUAACUUAGUGCCGGCCAUGACCAAACCGUUCAACUUCCACCCAAAAAAUAAUCAUAAACGCCAGUACAAACCAAACCUCGAUCGCAACCGGAUACAAAAGAACGAUCGACAAAGCAGUACAUACAAUCAUAAUAAACCGAAUUCCGAUUCUUACCGUCGCAACAACUAUAACAACAACAACAACAACAACAAUAACAAUAAAAAUAAUUACAUUCACAGAAAAGCACCACAAUCGAAGCACCAAGUGAAUGAUCGCGGCCGAUCCCAGCCCAACAAUCAAGUUUCCCAAGUCAAAUUACCGUUGUUCGAUAAGAAUCGGCUGCAGCAACGGUGGGUAUCGGGACAACGAGUGGGUCCUGGUCUCAUAAACGGCCAAAACACAUGUUUCUUAAAUUCGGUCUUGCAGUGUUUGACGUACACGCCACCGCUUGCACAGCACCUACUAUCAUCCAACCAUAAAAAGCAAUGCAAGAUGGCAGGCUAUUGUGCUCUUUGUGCCAUGGAAACCCACGUCUACCGAGUUUUCAAAGAGGCUAAAGGCGGCGUGCGUGGGGCAGCAAUAUUACCAAAGUACUUUACUGCCAACCUUCAAGCUCUCUCUCGAACACUCAGACUGCGUCGACAGGAAGAUUCGCACGAAUUUUUAAUGUUUUUGUUUACUGCAUUCCAAAAAUCGUUACUGAAUGGAUUAGGCAAAGUGAGUCCCAAGGUGGAGGAAUCAACUAUGCUACAUGGCAUCUUUGGAGGUCGUGUCCAAUCCCAAGUCCGCUGUCACAGCUGUCAAGCAAAAUCCAAUACAUACGAAGCAUUUCUUGAUCUAAGUGUCGACAUCCAUCGCGCAUCGUCUUUGGAUAAGGCAUUAAGCAAUUUCGUAAAGGCGGAUCUGAUUGGUGGCCGGGAUCCAGAUAGCAAAUACAAUUGUGAAAGUUGCAACCAGAAAGUCAAUGCUGGCAAGCAAGUGACUAUACGCGAUCUACCAAUGAUGCUGGCCGUUCAUUUGAAGCGGUUCACUUUUGAUUUGCAACGUGGAUAUAUGCGAAAAGUUUCGGAUCGGAUACAAUAUCCGGAAGUGCUUGACAUGGCACCGUACGUCAGUGCUGAGGAGAGGAAAAAGAUCCAAGGCAAAUCGAAAUAUCGAUUGUAUGGUGUAUUAGUGCAUUUGGGUGGCAGUUGCAACUCUGGACAUUACUACGCUUAUGUAAAGAAUUCGGAUGGACAGUGGUACCAGAUGGAUGAUGAAAUGGUCGAAAAAGCUUCGUUGAAGGAAGUUCUUUCCCAGCAGGCGUAUAUGCUUUUCUAUGCGCGAGAAUCGGUCUCUUCAUCUCCAUCACCGAACAACUCAAAAAAUGUCCAAGACAGCACGAAGCAAGCCAGUUCAGCAGAAAAACUUGAACAGGUGUUGCCGAAGAAGAAGGAUGUGGAAGAACCAACCCAAACGCUGGAGGGCAGCGUCCUAGGAAAGCGAAAAGACAGCGACGAUUCAAGGGAUUCAUCGUCCGACUCAUCACCCAUUAAACAUACCAAGAAAACGGCAAGCAGCAACAAGGACGAUGACGAUGAUAUGGUAUGUGACCGUCAUCAAUCUUGGUAUGUACGGUCAACGGAUCUGCCUUUCAGAUCGCUUCGCGGAAAUUUGUCUCCGCCCACCUUCAGUGCCGCAAUCAGUGAUCCAAGUGCUUGGACUGUUCGAUCUGCUGGUAAUGACCUAGUAGCCAAGCAGGAUGAGCAGGAGAACCCGAAUAAAACGACUAUUGGCACCAAAUACCAGAGGAGGCUUGUUCCAUGGACUGUUUCGGACGGUCGGUAAAGUUUACCCUUGGAUUCCUCACCCUCGAACAUUGCACUCCAUCUAUCAUUCAUCGUGAUGUACAUAUGCAUUCUCCCGCAUCUCCCCUUGCCAAGUCGUUAAUCAUUCUAUCUUUGUUCAUUUGUCUCCAAUCCCUUCUUCUUAACGAAUUCGCUUUCCACUCAUUCAAAGUAGUUCUAUUAUCUAUUUCAUAGAUCAAAAUUAAAAACGUAUUCUCAAACGUUCUGG